GCAAAUAGGCGAGCGAAGCGGCCGCGGGGCGCGGCGCCUGCAGUGGCCCGGGCCGUGGGCGCGGCGCUGCGCGUGGGAAGGCGGAAGGAGUCCGCGCGGGCCGCACCCGGUCGGCUUGCCAUGGAGGCCGCGCUGCUGUGGUUCUGCAACUGGAGCACGCUGGCUGUGUGCGCCGCGCUCAAGCUGCCGCAGAUCCGCGCCCAGCUGGCGGCGCGCAGCGCGCGGGGCGUCAGCCUCCCGAGCUUGCUGCUGGAGCUGGCGGGGUUCCUGGUCUUCCUCCGCUACCAGUGUUACUACGGCAGCCCAGUGCUCACCUACCUGGAGUACCCCAUCCUCAUUGUGCAAGAUGUUGUCCUCCUGCUCUGUGUCUUUCAUUUUAAUGGGGACAUGAAACAGGCUGCACCGUACCUGGCUGUAUUUGUGUCCUCCUGGUUCAUCCUCGGGCUGCACAAGGGGGUUGUCGACCUGGCCAUGAACUUGUGCACGUUGGUCAGCGCGGCCAGCAAACUGGCCCAGCUCCAGUACCUGUGGAAGGCGCAGGACUCGGGUGCCGCCAGUGCACUCACCUGGGGUCUCUCUGCCUACACCUCUGCAGCAAGAAUAAUAACAACUUUCAUGACCACUGGUGAUCUGACAGUUCUCACGCGUUUUGUGAUCAUGCUGGCCUUAAACAUCUGGGUGACAGGGACAGUGCUGCGCUACAGGAAGCCCAGUUCCAAGGCCGAAUGAGAGCUGCAUCGCUGUGCCCCAGGAAAGACGGGGUGACUGAGCAGAGGAAGCAGUGCCACAGCUAGGCCAAGGGCUCCUGCAAAGCUAGUCACCCAUUCCAGAAACUCGAAGCCAGAGGUUUUGUGGGUGUGCAAGAGCCCCUUAAACGUGGGUUGUAAAUGCCACUUUCUGUCCCCACCCCCACUCCUUGGAGUCUUGCAGAGCUCAGAAACGCAGCUUUCGCAGUGUCACGGUGCCCACGGACCCUUCCCUUUGAGCUCUGCAGCCUCGAGGUGUUUUAAGUCUCCCCAUGAUUCUGAUGGAACAGGACAGUCAGAAGCAGAGCUGUGGCCAGCGGGUAGGGCUCACUCUGGGGACCGUAUGGGCCAGGCAGGGGGCAGAGGUGGGGAUCAGUCCUGGGUCCGAGAUGCACACCAAGUGUCCUUGACUCCUGCACACCUUGCAAGGCUCUGAGUAACGGCUGCUAAACGCUGUUAUUCUCUUACUAUUUUGUUAGGAAAUUCUGUUUUCAUAAAAAAUGUCCAAAGGGGAAAAAAAAGGAAUUCCUAAUGCAGGUACUGUAGGAAACAACUGCUCACCACAGGGUGAGUGCAUCUCUAACAACCUUCCUCAGGCAAAGAGCCGCGCAUGAGGGCAUCCAUCACCUGCGCAGCUGCCGUCAUUGGGAUUUGGUGCCAAAUCCCAGCUUUAGCUCUUGAGAAUAUAUGGGUUCUACCCUCAGCAUAGUAUCUCACUCUAAACAUGAUGCCAAGGCUCUUGCGCAUUGAACUUUAACAUUUAGCUCACUUCUACAUUUGAACUACAUUUGAACAUGUCUGGUUUCUCGGGGUAAAGUAAACUUCCAUAGUUUGAAUUCUGAAUCUUGCGGCUAUCAUUAUUUUAAACUGUAAUGUAUAUUUCUCAAUAAACUGGUUAAUUCUUUUAGAA